AUGCCAGAAAAGGCUCCGAAUCAGAUGAGCAAUUCCUCUGCAGAUACAAUUGACAAGGAUAUCGAAACCUCAUCAACACAUUCGGUUCCGGAUGACACGGACGAAACAGGAGUAGAUGAUAUCGAGGCGUACCCGGCGGGAGGCAAUGGGACGAUAGCUAUGAAGGAGGGGCCCAUGACGAGGUCGAGUACUAAAAGUAGCUGGAAAGACCCGGGGCCGCCACCUGAUGGAGGAUUGCUUGCAUGGUGGCAGGUUUUCUUGAGCCAUUUGGUCAUUAUGAAUACAUGGGGCUUCAUCAACUCUUUCGGUGUCUUUCAAACCUACUACGUGACUGCGCUUGACCGCCCACCAUCAGACAUAUCGUGGGUAGGUUCCAUGCAGGUAUUUCUCCUCUUUUUCGUCGGCACUUUUACCGGACGCCUUACGGAUGCAGGAUAUUUCCGUCCCGUUUUCGUCACCGGCUCGAUCCUAGGCGUCUUUGGCCUAUUCAUGGCAUCUCUCUCUACAACAUACUGGCAGCUAUUUCUUGCGCAAGGCGUCUGCUGUGGUCUUGGGAAUGGCUUCUUGUUCUGCCCCGCAUUGAGUACUUUGAGCACGUAUUUUAGCAAGAAGCGAAGUUUAGCUAUUGGAAUAGGUGCGGCGGGCAGUGCAACGGGAGGCAUCGUAUUCCCUAUAAUGGUGCAACAACUCCUGCCAAAGGUUGGAUUUCCCUGGACCAUGAGAGCCCUGGCAUUCAUACAGCUUGCAUGUUUGCUAGUCUGUGAUAUAGGCAUCAAGACUCGGGUGCCGCCAAGGAAAACGGGUGCGUUGGUGGAUUGGGCGUCGUUCAAGGAGUUGCCGUAUGUGCUGUUUGCCAUUGGGAUGUUCUUCACUUUCAUGGGAGUGUAUUUUGCAUUCUAUUACCUGGGAUCCUUCGCACGAGACAUCAUUGGCGUACCUUACUCUGAAAGCAUUAACAUCAUCAUCAUCUUGAACGGCGUCGGAGUCCUUGGACGAGUCCUGCCUAACCAUUUAGCUGACCGAUUUUUCGGCCCUCUGAACACCCUCAUUACGGCCGUCUUCAUCACAUCUAUGUGUUGUCUUUGUUGGAUUGCUGUUUCGAAUCGAGCAGGAUUGUAUGCGUGGACCGUGGCCUAUGGAAUCGGCGGGGCGGCUAUUCAAGGCCUGUUCCCAGCCACAUUGAGCAGCUUGACGACGGAUUUGAGGAAAGCAGGGACUAGAAUGGGACAAGUGUUCACAAUAGUCAGUUUUGCUGUGCUUAUCGGGCCACCUAUUUCUGGACAGCUGAUCCAGCUACGUAAUGGUGGAUAUCUGUAUGCACAGCUCUUUGGGGGAGUGUCGUUAGCUGUGGGAUUUUGCCUUCUUGUUGCAUCCCGAUUAGCGAGGAUUGGACUGUUGGACAGCUUAAAAAGUAUUAACACACCAUUGGAUCAUUGUCAAGGUGAAACGCUCCUCCGAGGGCUGCCACAGGAGGAUCUUGUUGGCAGGCAAGCACUGUGGGCGGUUGUGUUACAUCGUAAGGCUAGAUAUGUCCUCCACAGGGCUGUAAGCGAUGUUCGUAUUGGAAAUGCCUGUGCAGCCUUAGAUGCUUUAAAAGCUUGCAACUCCCUUGGCGUUUAUCCACCGAGCUCUCUCGCGCAUCACAUACCUCCUAUACGCACGGCAUCGAAUCGACGCGACGGCGAACAUACACUCAAAAUGGUUCAACGCGCCACUGAAAGGGAGACCCGCGCCUGGGCCGCGCUGCCCUCCAGCAGAGAAAUGGCCAUUCGUCGUCUCUCCUCCGUCCUACUCAUGGGCGCCCUCCUCACCGUCAUCACACCCUUUACGCCGUUCUCGUGGAUGAUCCCCAGCCAAGGCCCCGAACUCCUCGAUCAAUUCAUCUCACCACCCCUUUUCCUCGGCGCGCUCUUCUUUCAAUGGCGGAUCGCGGGCGUGGUUGGGAAUAUCAUGAUCCAUGUGAUGGACGUGGCGUUUGUGUACCACCAUGGGAUGUACUGGGGCCUUGCAUUUUUGGAGGUUGUCUUGUGUGUUAUGGUUAACAUGGUGAAGAAUGAGGUUUUAAGACGAUUUUCGGCCGCUGGACUUGUCGGUGGGCUAUGGGCGAUUGGGUGGUUCGCAACGCCGCAGAGGUAUAAGCAACAGGCCUGGGAGCAUCUCAAGUGGAUUUGGACCAUGAUGGCGUUUAACCAUGCUGCGGGUGCCGCUACUGGCAGGAGGAGACGGUUUUGA